ACUGCAUCUGCGGAUAUGUUGAGUCGCAAUAUAUCAAGUAUUCUGGAGAAUCUAUUGAAGCGUUACGAGCAAUCGCAGCUGCCGACACAUGGCCAGGGAUUACCGACGGUGGUUCGAACAAAUAUACUUAUCAGGAGCAUGGGACCCGUUUCAGAACUCGAUAUGGACUACUCCAUGGACUGUUAUUUCCGGCAAUAUUGGCGGGAUAAACGUCUGAGUUUCCAGGGGCCCAUCAAGAGUCUGUCGCUUAGCAUUAAAAUGUUGGACAAGAUCUGGCGACCGGAUACGUACUUCUACAAUGGCAAGCAUUCGCAUAUACACACAAUUACCGUGCCCAACAAGCUGCUCAGACUCGACCAGGAUGGAGGCAUUCUCUACUCAAUGCGUCUGACCAUCAAGGCGACCUGUCCAAUGGAGCUAAAGAACUUCCCCAUGGAUCGACAGUCGUGUCCCCUCAUCAUUGGAAGUUAUGGAUAUACGAACCAGCAGCUGGUUUACGAGUGGCAGAAUCACGAUGAUGCCGUGUCCUUUGUGCCUGGGAUGACGCUCAACCAAUUCGAUUUAAUCAGCAUGAUGCAUCGCAAUUUCACUUCGACACGUCGCGAAGGUGACUUUUCCGUGUUGCACGUUGCAUUCAAUCUAAAGCGACACACGGGAUAUUUUCUCAUACAGGUCUAUGUACCCUGUAUACUGAUUGUGGUGCUAUCAUGGGUCUCCUUCUGGAUACAUCGCGAAGCAACCAGUGACCGUGUUGGACUCUGUGUGACAGCUGUUCUGACCCUCUCGACCAUCAGCUUGGAUUCCCGCACUGAUUUACCGAAGGUCAAGUAUGCCACGGCUCUGGAUUGGUUUCUCCUGAUGAGCUUCCUCUACUGCAUCGCCACGUUGCUGGAGUUUGCCGGGGUGCAUUACUUCACCAAGCUGGGCAGUGGAGAGUUUCCUCGUGUGGACGAUGAAUGGGAAGAUAUUGGAGCAUUGGGUUUCUCCUCGGGGGAAAUUGUCGAUGUCGCCGAGGCCAGCGAUGACAGUGAGCCCGCGAACUCGGAUAGCGAUGUCUUUGUCUUUGCCGAUCACGAUGCCCUCCACUGUGAAUUGCCCCUGCCGCCGGAGUUAAAUGGCGGUGGUGGUUUUCCCAAACGCAACACCUUCAGCUGCCCCAUCUACAAUAAUCAACAACAGAAUCCCGCCCACAUCUUUCCGAAGCUCUCGUCGCAUGCCUCGACAAUGGAACGCACCACCCAAACCGAGCCACCCGUCGUUUCCCGCAUGCAUCAAAUGUGGCUCUGCCUCAAGGGGGACGUCAAGUUUCGUAGGCAGCGGGAAAGGGACGCUGCGGCAGAGAAGAGCGAGCAGGGGCGAAGUGGAGCCAGUUAUGUGAACAGCAUUUCUUUGAUUGAUCGUGUGGCACGUGUCGCCUUUCCCAUGACCUUUGCCCUCUUCAAUCUUCUUUACUGGUUGGCCUACGGCAUGUACAAGAAGGAGUUCUCCUGGUCCAUGAUUAAGUCCUGAGACGGCUUCUAAGGUCAACUUCCAUAUCAAUAGUAUAUACCAAGGCUGCAAGCCGGUUCUGAAUCGAGACUCGCAAAAAGAUGUUGGGCUCGACAUUUUUUUUUUUUUUUUUGAAUAACUUCAAAAAUUAAUUUUCUCAGCAAAAAAAAUUAUUUAUAUAACUUUUAUGCAGCUUAUUAUACAUAUGCACUUAUCUAAAUAGUAUUAGCUGUCUUGUAAUCAUGUUUCUUGCACCUCAAUAAUGCUAGGUGCAAUCCAGAUUUCACUUUCGCACUUAAAUAGUUAAGAAACGAUUAUUUGCUUUAGCUAAUAAACUAACUGUUGCUUUUUGAUUAA